UCUUCCCCCCUUUUUGCAUCCCUCAUUCUCAAACAGACCCGGAUCUUCUCUGCCUGGUUGCAGAGCUGGAGUGGGCAUGCCUGGGGAGCCAAGGCCAUGGAUGAGCCCAGCAUCCUCAGGAGGAGGGGCCUGCAGAAGGAGCUGAGUCUGCCGCGCCGCGGAAAGACCUGCCGGAGCGGCAACCGGAAGAGCCUGGUGGUGGGAACCCCUUCGCCCACUCUCUCCCGACCCCUCUCCCCACUUUCAGUGCCAACAGCUUGCAACAGCCCAGGGGAUAGUCCACGCACUUUCCCUGCCGGAGCCUCCGCCAGCUUCCCGUUUGCCCGCAGCCAUGCUCCUCGGACUGACAGGUCCGAUGGCCGCCGCUGGUCGCUGGCUUCGUUGCCCUCCUCCGGCUAUGGGACUAACACCCCCAGCUCUACCGUUUCGUCAUCCUCCUCGUCUUCACAAGAGCGCCUGCACCAGCUCCCCUACCAGCCCACGCUGGAUGAGCUCCACUUCCUCUCCAAGCAUUUCCGCAGCACCGAGAGCGUCGCCGGUGGGGAGGACGGGCGCCGCUCCCCUUGCUUCCGACCACGCUCCCGGAGCUUGAGCCCCGGCCGCACGACCGGCACCUUUGACAAUGAGGUAGUGAUGAUGAACCAUGUCUACAAGGAACGCUUCCCGAAGGCGACAGCACAGAUGGAGGAGCGCCUGGCGGAGACAGUGGCUGGCUUCUCGCCCAGCCUGCCACUCUCGGAUGGUGUGUUGGGCUUCAUCCACCACCAGAUUGUGGAGCUGGCCCGUGACUGCCUGGCCAAGUCCCAGGGUGCCCUGGUCACCUCUCGCUACUUCAUGGAGCUCCAGGAGAAGCUGGAGAAGAUGCUGCGGGAUGCACAAGAGCGUUCAGAGAGCGAGGAGCUACGCUUCGUGGAGCAGCUCGUCCGCAAGUUGCUGAUUAUCAUCUCCCGCCCAGCGCGGCUGCUGGAGUGCCUGGAGUUUGACCCGGAAGAGUUCUACCACCUUUUGGAGGCCGCUGAAGGCCAGGCCAAAGUUGGGCAAGGCAUCAAGACCGACAUUCCUCGCUACAUCAUCGGCCAGCUGGGGCUCGCCAAGGAUCCCCUGAAAGAAAUGGUUCGUCUCGAUCAAGUGGACUGUGGCUCACCUUCGGGGUCAGAGCAGCAGGAUGAGUCUUGCACUCUAGUUUCUCGGAGGAAACCCUGCGAGGCUGACUUUGAAACCAUCAAGCUCAUCAGCAACGGGGCCUAUGGGGCGGUCUACCUGGUGCGGCACAAGGAAACUCGUCAGCGCUUUGCCAUCAAGAAGAUCAACAAGCAGAACUUGGUGCUGCGGAACCAGAUCCAGCAGGUCUUUGUGGAGCGGGACAUCCUCACCUUUGCCGAAAACCCCUUUGUGGUCAGCAUGUUCUGCUCCUUUGAGACCCGGCGCCACCUGUGCAUGGUCAUGGAGUAUGUGGAAGGUGGGGACUGUGCCACCCUGCUGAAGAACAUGGGCCCAUUGCCGGUGGACAUGGCCCGGAUGUAUUUUGCGGAGACAGUCCUGGCCCUGGAAUACCUCCACAACUAUGGCAUCGUCCACCGGGACCUCAAGCCAGACAAUUUGCUGAUCACCUCCAUGGGCCACAUCAAGCUCACCGACUUUGGCCUCUCCAAGAUCGGCUUGAUGAACCUGACUACCAACCUCUACGAGGGCCACAUCGAGAAAGACACUCGGGAGUUUGUGGAUAAGCAGGUCUGUGGGACCCCUGAAUACAUUGCUCCAGAGGUGAUCCUGAUCCAGGGCUACGGCAAGCCGGUGGACUGGUGGGCGAUGGGCAUUAUCCUCUACGAGUUCCUGGUGGGAUGCGUCCCCUUCUUUGGCGACACACCAGAGGAGCUCUUUGGGCAGGUCAUCAGUGACGAAAUCAUUUGGCCCGAGGGUGAUGAAUCCCUCCCACCAGACGCCCAGGACUUGAUCACCCAACUCCUCCGCCAUUGCCCACUGGAGCGCUUGGGCACAGGAGGGGCCCACGAGGUCAAGCAGCACCCCUUCUUCCGCAACCUGGACUGGACCGGCCUCCUGAGGCAAAAGGCCGAGUUCAUCCCGCAACUGGAGGCUGAAGACGACACCAGCUAUUUUGACACCCGCUCGGAACGCUACCGCCACCUGGGCUCCGAGGACGAGGAGACCAACGACGAGGAGUCUUGCGUGGAGAUCCGGCAGUUCUCUUCUUGUUCUCACCGCUUCAGCAAGGUGUACAGCAGCUCCGAAUACCUGGCCAACCCUCCGGCACUCAACAUCUCCUCCUCUUCCUCAUCGGGGGAUCAGGGUCGAGCGGACGACAAGGAAGACCAGGCCGAGCGAUGGGAUCGCGGCUCCGGAGACGAGGAGAAGAGCCGCCGCUCGGCCACCGAGACCAGGCUCCGCGCCUGGACCUCCUGUGGCUCGACCGUCCAUGCCUUCCGCCAGGAGUGUGCCCACCGGGGCCCUGGGCCCCUCAGCGCCACCUGCAGCCUGGAGGCCAUGCCCAGGUUUGCCUUCUCCUCCGAGGACGAGAGCCCUUCCCGGGCCCCGGCCAAGCGGGAGCGCCCCGUCUUCGUGCUGGGGGACCCCGAGGCCCUCCCGCCCUCCUUGAAGGGCCCCAGCAAGCCUUCGGCACUGGCAGCCGACUUGGCCAGCUUAAACCGGGUCCGCCUCCGGAGCAACAGCACUGGCGCCAAACACUCUACCCCGAGGGCCUCGGAGGCUGAAAGUGGGAGGCGAAUGGGGACCCCCAAGGAGAGCCCCGCGAAGCAUCAGCAUCAGCAGCGCCUGUCCUCGGGCGGGAGGGUGCCCAAGUCGGCAUCCGUCUCGGCCCUUUCGCUCAUCAUCAGUUCAGACGAUUUCGGCGGGGGCGCCCUGGUGAGCCCCAUCUCCCCCCGUUCGCUCUCCUCCAACCCUUCCUCCCGGGAUUCCUCCCCGAGCCGGGACCCUUUGUUGGGGUGUGCUGGCUUGCGGCCCCCCAUCGUCAUCCACAGCCAAGGCAAGAAGUAUGGCUUCACCCUUCGCGCCAUCCGGGUCUACAUGGGCGACAGCGACAUCUACGCCGUCCACCACAUGGUUUGGAGCGUGGAAGAGGGCAGUCCAGCCCAGGAGGCCGGCCUGCGAGCUGGAGACCUCAUCACUCACGUGAACGGGGAAUCGGUGCUGGGCUUAGUGCACAUGGACGUGGUGGAGCUGUUGCUGAAGAGCGGGAACAAAGUGGCGCUGAGGACCACCGCCCUGGAAAACACCAGCAUCAAAGUGGGUCCGGCCCGGAAGAACAGCUCCAAGACCCGGAUGGCCAGGCGGAGCAAGAAGGGCCGGAAACGAGACAGCCAGGACAGGAGGAAGUCUCUCUUCCGGAAGAUCUCCCGGCAGCCCUCCUCCUCUGCUGCCUCCGCCUCGGUUCUCCACACCAGCCGCAGCUAUUCCUCGGGGCUCCACCACUCCCUCUCCUCCGGCGAGAGCCUCCCGGGGUCCCCCACCCACAGCCUCUCGCCCGGGCCCACACCCCCCUGCCGAAGCCCUGCCCCAGAUGCCCCCCCAGAUGCAUCCUCCUCACCGCAGAGCACCUCCCCGGUGUCCAGCACCCCGACCUCCCCUGCGGGCCACAUUCGGCCCAGCUCACUCCAUGGCCUGGGGCCCAAGCUGAGCGGCCAGCGAUACAAGGUGGGCCGCCGCAAGUCCACCAGCAGCAUCCCCCCCUCCCCACUGGCCUGCACCCCCUCCUCCUCUUCCUCCUCCUCCUCCACAGCUCCUCAUCCUACCUCCCCACAACGCUCCCCUUCCCCACUCCCCUUCCCCAAAGUCCCCCCAACCUUCCAGGGCAAGACCCUCUCCCCACCUGUUGUUGCCCGCCAAGCCGCCCGACCCCGCUCAGCCGAAGGCUCCCGCUCCCCACUCCUGAAGAGGGUCCAAUCGGCUGAGAAGAUCCCUGCCAGCCGGAAGACAACCCACGUGCCAGGGGAUGAAGACCCCAUCGAAAGCCCUGAGGGGGGAUCCCGCCUCCGGGACUGGUCUGGCGGAGGCUUUGGGUCUGACCACCAGGAGGUGGUGGUCAUGCGGCGACUGAACCUCUCAGAGCGCCGGGACUCCUUCAAGAAGCAGGAGGCUGUCCAGGAGGUCAGCUUCGACGAGCCUGAGUCCGCUGGAGGAGAGCCCCCCACGGAGAAGCGGACCCCAACGAGACGGGCGGGCCUCCACACAGCUCCCUGGGUGGCGGAGGUGCCUGGCCGCACGCCUGUGCCCCACAUUGCGGUCCAAGGGGCUGAUCCUCCGGCAGCAGCGGCAUCAUGGGAGUGCCAAGCAGAUCCUCCGGCAUCGUCAGCCUCGUGGGAAUGCCAAGCAUCCUACCCGCUCCGCCUGGAGGCCCGGGUCUACAUCGAGCAAGCCGAUGGGAGCACAGCGGUGGAGUACACCAGCGUCUCCUCCUCCCAGCGCCGGGAGUCUCUGCCAGACCCCCAGAUUGGUCAUAAAGAGGAGGAGGAGCCACCAGGGGUUGAUUUGGAACCAUUGCCAUAG